GCAAAGGUUGUAUAGGAAAUAUACAUAACAAGACAUUUAGUAUAACCUUACCAGAAAAGCCACACAAGCGUGAAUAAUUGACGAAUGAAUAUUUACUACCACACCCUUUGACUCAACCCAAAUUGGCCGUUUUGUUCGGCUUGUGAAAGACUAAAACAAUGGCAUGUAAAUGUUUGAUGUGGAUAAGAUCUUAUUUAAGAUACUGAGCUUGGAUCUCGAAAUACCGUAUUUAAACCUGGGCAUUUCUCUCAACCUGCGACAUAAAGAAGAACAUACAAAGAAGGAAAAGAACGUCACAACGAAGGCAGAUAAAGAUAUAAUUGAAAAGAUAGAACCGUACAAUUAAACACAGGGAACAAACAGCGAAGGUUAACUGUGAUAAAAAACCAGCUAAUUGAAGUUAAAUCCUAAACAUCUUAAUAAAACGAUAUACAACAUAUUUUAAGAUAAAAAUUGAAAUAAAUAAGUAUAUGUAGUAAUAGGAAACGUAAUACAAAAAUGAUACGGAAGCAUAGGACAUUUACUUAUAUAAUAUGUUUUGUGCUUGGAAUGACUUUUAUGAAUUUCCUAACACAUAUUUAUGUCAGUGUUUACGACAAAGAUGAAAUUAGGAAACAAGUUGCGCGAUAUUUUCAUCACGGCUUUAGGGUUGUUUCAAAUGUCUCGAGAGUUAUGUCAUUUUCAUCAAUAGAUACUCAAAAUCCUACAAAUUCAUACGAUAGGCCAACCAAAAGUCUACGUGAACAGAUGGCGAAAUUAUUGUCAAAUGUGACUGCAAAGCCCAUUGUGUACAACGCAGAAAGAAACACGAGGAACAUUAGAAGACUCGCAUUUGGAUAUUAUGCUGUUACUCGAGAACAUUUUAUUGCCACUAUAGUAAAUAUUAAAAGGUUGAGGAAACUAGCUACGAGAAAUGUUGAUUUUAUCAUUCUGACAAAUCUUGUUUCAAAAAUAAAGACAUCACCGGAUGUAAAGAUUAUUAAGUAUCCGAAACUUCAAUCCCCUUUCGGAUACUAUAAAGAUUGUUUCACGAAGCUAUUGUUUUUCAAUAUGACCGAUUAUGAGAGAAUAAUUUUCAUGGAUGUCGACACCUUGGUUCUCAAAUCACCUGACGUUCUUUUCGAUCUUCCACCAGUGCCUUUGGCAGCUCCAAUCGCGUAUUGGCUUGACCCUCCAGAAUUCACCUCAGCGUUGCUUGUAAUUCAACCCGAACGCCGUCUUUGGGAAGCCAUAAGCGCAAAAAUCGGUGACGUCAUAAUAAUAAAUCUCUUUGACAUGAAUCUGCUUAAUAAUUUCUACAAGCAUACCCUUACAACUAGUAAAGGAUUCACAUUUCCGGAGAUAUUGGUUCUUCCAGGGUAUUUUCUUACUCUAUCCCCCCAUUUUAAGGAAAAUAUUACUUGGACUGACGAAAUGAGACCAAAGAGUGUCAUAUCACCUUUUCUUGACAUUGAAAAACUUUGGAAUUAUACUUAUGUGGUUCAUUUUUCUGGCGGACCAAAGCCUUGGGAUUUAAGUGAACAGACCAUUAAAAAUACACCAUCAGUGUCCAAAUACUACAGUGAUGUUAAUCUAGUAUUCAAACACGAAUAUAAUGAAAUAUCUAAAAAAAUGACAGACACUUAAAUAUUUAAAUUCGAGAGGUAAAUCUUUAAUGAUGAAGUGAAUUAAGUUUAGUAAGUGGCGUAUUCCUUUACAAAAAAAAAGAUUGAUUGAAUGCUUACCAUCCCAAAGGAACUUAAAAUGACUCUCAUAUUAUUUUACUCAUAUUCUUUGCAUGGACUUGAUGAAACCGUAAUUGGGUAAAGCAUACAUUUUCAUAUCAGUUAAUUUACCCAUCAACAUUAAAUUUCAACGUUACCAUUGUUCAAGUGUUUAAGGGGGUUUGAUCAUGCUAUAUGUGUGAAUGCCUUAUCGUGUUUUGUUUACCUACGUGCAAUUCUGCAUUUUUCGUAUGUCUACUUUGUUUUUAUAUAUUUCUUAAUUGUAUUUGCUUGUGCUUGGAUAACAAAUGUAUAUUUGCUCGUGCACAAAUUAUUACACAUUAUUUCAAUUCAUACUGUUUAAACCAAAAUGUCAGAUUGAUUUUAGAAGUAAAGCUAUUUGGAAAAUCACAUAUAUCGAUAUGUACAUUCUCUGAUGAUGUCAUUUCACGUUUAAUGUUUUCUUAGUUUGUAUAUCAGAAGUAAGAGUUCCACGUAAAAAAUCAAACGUUUUGUAAUUCACUGCUUUUGUUUAAAAGAUAGUGCUCACGUAAGCCACAUGAAAUUUCCAUUAUAAUGACAACAAAUAAUCAUAAUUAAAGGUGCACAGGGUAAGGGAGGUAUCUUUGUCGUUAUAUUACGAUUGUACACCAACAAUAGUGUCUCUAUCUUAUUCUGUAUUUAUCACCUACCAACCUUAAUUAGAUUUAAUAAUAAUGUAAUUUAAGAACACAGCAAAUCAUUUUUCAUUUUAAUCACAAAAGGAAAAUGUGAACUCUUUCCUUGAUUUCAUAAAACAAAACGUUUUAAAAACUUUAUGACUUUUUGCAUUUGAAGAGAAAAAAUAAGGACACGAACCUCUAGAAUAAAGGAAAUUGCAAGUU